UCCAGCCUUUUUCCUUCUUCCUCUUUCCUCAAGACCCUAGGAUUUCCCUCAAGCCAAUGAAAUUAGCUGCUUCUGCUUCUGCAAUAACCACAUCAAUCGCAAAGAUUGGUGUUUCAAAUGCCCAAAGUUUCUUUCGCUCUCCACAUGUUUCCUACUCCUGUUGCUGUUGGUGGAGAAAAGGAAGAAUCAUGACAAUGGCUCAGUCUCCUAACUUCUCUUCUUCUUCUUUUUCGACCUCCGCCUCCAACUCAGACUCUCCUGCUAUCCCAAGUUCAAAUCCACAGCAACAGCAGCAUCCCUGGCUCAUCGUCGGCCUAGGCAACCCUGGCAAAAAAUACGAGGGCACUCGUCAUAAUGUGGGUUUUGGGAUGGUGGAUGCUAUAGCUGAAGCUGAAGGGAUAUCCAUGAGUGCUGUUAACUUUAAAGCCCUCUUUGGGAAAGGUUUCAUAGGAAAUGUUCCAGUAAUGCUUGCCAAACCGCAAACCUUUAUGAAUGCAAGUGGUGAGUCUGUUGGGGCGAUUGUUUCGUAUUACAAGAUUCCAUUGAAGCAAGUAGUUGUGAUUUUUGAUGACUUAGAUUUGCCUUUUGCAAAAUUGCGAUUAUUGCCGAAAGGUGGACAUGGAGGACAUAACGGGAUGAGGAGCAUCAUUGAUCGCUUAAAAGGGAGUCGUGAUUUUCCUCGCUUAAGAAUUGGCAUCGGACGACCUCCCGGGAAAAUGGAUCCAGUUAAUUUUGUCCUUCGCCCAUUCAAUAAACAAGAACGUGAAGAGUUAAAUUUCACGUUUCAAGAAGGGGUAGAGGCCGUGCAAAUUCUAGUACUCGAGGGAUUCAAUAAAGCGGCAACGUUUGUCAAUACUUCCAAAUCAAUGGAGCAACUUAGUUAACUUUUUCCCAAUAAGACGCAAAGUAGUUAUGCAUAGCCUUUUCUACAUUCUCCGAGCAGCAGUCAGAAACUAUAAUUUUUGGAGGAUCACCAAUUCUCUAUGAAUGAUUAUUCUUUUCGAGAGGCCAAUAGAAGAUUUGUGAAAUUUAGAUAUUCAUUAUCAUUGCAGGAAAACAAUUGUACUUUAGAAGAAUGAAUCAGUAUUACACGCCAUUCUUUCCUUAAGUGUCUCUCCCAAGCUCUCCAGUAACUUAAAGCUGUAAAGAUUUGAACUGAUUCCCUUUACUCACGUCUUUUCGUAGCAGGAGACCCAUUUUCAUGAUCAUAA